UUUUGGUCGCGUUGCCUACAGUUCGUUAGCGUUCCGGGUCAGUGCUGCACUGCAUUAUUAGAAGCGCCAGUGAUUGCAAAACACCAAAACUAACUGUCAUUCUUUUGUGCGUGUACGCGUGCCUGUGUCUGUGUGUGAGUUCACUUGUGCGCUUCAGACUGAAUUUGUGGGUGUGUUUGCCGCAUUCGAUUUAGACACACAGUCGAUACGAGUAGCAAUUAACGCCGCCAGAGCAGCACACAUUACUCGUUAGAGAUUUCGAGCGGCUUCCGUGUCGCAGCAGUCCCUUGCUAUGAAGCGUUUACCGCUGAUUGCCAGCGCUUGUCUGGCUUUGGUGUUGAUGUCAUCCUGUCUGCCUGGCAGCGUUGAGGCCAAGAAGAAGAAAUAUGUUGGCGAAACUGGCGGUGAUUUUGAGUUUAUCGAUGAGAUAAACAAAAACACCCAGAACAACAAAAAUGUGGGCGAACACAAGCGCUGGAUACACGAUCCUUCAAGUGACCUCUGCCGGCCGCUAAACUGUAAGAAGCGCGAAAUCUGUUUGCUGGAGGAUGAGUUUAGCGCUCUUUGCGUGUCGAAGAAGGAACUGCACAAAAAUCGUGAUGAGAUAAUCACCAAGGCUAAAUAUUUGGAAGAGGAGGCCAAGAGGCGUGUCAAUCAACAGGAUAACGAUAGCCAGGAUGUUGAAGACAUCAACAAUGAUGAUGAGGACACCAGUAGCGAUGGCAACCGCAAUGCUAAUAACAACAACAACAACGUGAACGGCAACAAUAUGCAAAGCAUUGUGCAGGCCAAUGAGGAUAACAACGACGACGAAGAAGAUAAAAGCCUGAGCUUGGGUGACGAUGAUGAAUCCAAGGAAGAUGAUGUCUUCUAUGAAAACAACAUUGCCGCCGGCGAUAAGCAACAGCAGCAGCAGCAGAAACCAUUGGUCACCCAACAGGACGACGAUGAGGAAUUGGACAACUGCAAGCCGUGUCCUGUGGCAAAGCCAACGUUCCUGUGCGGCGCAGACAACAGGACCUACUCAUCACUAUGCAGAUUGGAUUAUCACAAUUGCAUACAUUCGACUUCCAUACGGAUUGCCUGCAAAGGAUUCUGUCCCUGCAAGGAAAAUACCGAUGGAAAGCGCAUGCAGCGCAUUGGCGGUGGCAAAUACAACAACAAGAAACUCAACCUCGACCAGCUGCAGAAGGAGCAGCUGCAGCAGCAGGCCUACAAGGACAGCAGCAAUAACAACAUCAUGAUGAACAGCGGCAAUGUUAUGGCCGGCAACAACAACGACUUUAAUACAAUCAUGAAUGAUAAGGACGACAACAAUCGUCACUUCAAUCAUAUCAAUGCGCAGUACACGUUCACGCCCGAGGAGAUCAAGUAUGACAACAAGCACUACAAGUAUCUCAAGUACACGGCCUACAAGAAGGAUGCCAAGUAUCUGGAGGAGAAGCGCAAGAUGCGAAACUACAACGAGAACGAAGUGGUGGACAAGCAGUCACAGAAGCUAAACAAGAACAACAACAACAAUCCAAGUGGUUAUCCUGCCAAGUCGGCUGAAUGCAAGCCACAGCAAUUGACUGCCAUUGGCAAUCGUCUUCUGGAUUGGUUCUCUGUCAUCAUGGCCGACAGCAAGCGUCGCCGUCAGCAUAGCCAAAAGUCCAAGGCACACUUUCCGCCCGCCUGCAAGACUGAGGCCAAGUGGAUGUUUGGCCAUCUGGAUUUGAAUAACGAUGGGCUGUUGUCGCUGCAGGAGAUGUACGAUCUAGAGCAUGAUCAGAACGAGCGUUGCAUUAAGCCAUUCAUUGACACCUGCGAUCUCGACCAGGAUAAUUCGAUUAAUACACGCGAAUGGUGCCGCUGCUUUGAGAAGACCGAUCGUCCCUGCGCUGCGGUGCGGCGAAGAAUUGCCGGCGACUUUGCAGGUGAGAUAGGAGCCUACGCACCGGACUGCGAUGUGCAGGGAUUCUAUAAGCCAACGCAGUGCCACAACUCCGUGGGCGUCUGUUGGUGUGUGGACAAGCAUGGUGUUGAGUUCGCCAACACACGCACACGUGGCAAGCCCAACUGUGAGUCCGUGGUAAACAAUGCCGCCUCGCUAACGUCCGACGAUGAGGAUGAGGCUGCCGACGACGAAGACAGCGCAGAGGGCAGUGCCGAUCAAAUGUUGGUCUUUUAAGUUCCACGCUUGCCCCCCAAUUUCCCCAACCACACCGCUCCCCCAUCAUCCUCUUCUAACACACUCAAGCUGUUUGGCUUAACGCAUUGAUGGGCAACGGCAACGGCAGCCAAUCCAAUCAGCAAGCAUUACUGCGUAAGCGUUAAAACAAAAUUAAUAUUAUAACUUGAAAGAAAAAAAACUUAAAAUAAAAAGAAAAAAACGUAAGCAUAGCAAAAGCUAAAACCAAAAACAAAAUAUAUAAAAAUCAAUGUGCAGUAGCUAAGUAAGCGUUUUUCGAAUAGAACUACAAGCCACAUAUAGAGCCAACAACACUCGCAAGCAAAUAGCAGCAUUAUAAAAGGGAAAAUAAUUGACAUACUUAAUAUAAAAAUUAUAGUCAUCAUCAUACUAAGAGUUCAAGGCGCAUGGCACGCAAAAUUGGUAUUAGGAACCAAUGCUCUAGCAUUAGCUUAAAUCUAACGAACGAGUGUGUGCAGAAUUUAUUUGACGCCCCCAAACACACACACACACACACACACAGUCAAAUAAAAAGUUUUAGCCAAAUUGCUGAGGCGGCAGGCAAUGUUUAUGAUUUUUCAGUCAGACUUAUGCGUCUGCGUCUGAGUAACGGUAAUUCCAGCGCUUUUGUUAUAGCACGCUUAAGAAUAUUGAAUGUUUAUUGGCAGAAAUACUCACACACACACACACACACACACACACUCUCUCUGUCUAUGCUGUCCUAAUAAAAACCAAAAUUAUACACACGCUAAGAAUUCCGCCCAAAACAGAAAUGAAGUAUAUACAUUUAUGUGAUAGGUUUUGAGAAAUAAUAUUAAAAAAUAUAUAUAUAUGUAUAUGGCAAAUGCUUGCAUCAUUUUCAGUGCACGACUUUCUGUUUUCUUUCGAUUAUCAAUUCGUUAAUAAUUACAAAUUCAAAGUGCAGCAAUGUAGAAGAGUACACAAAGUUACAAAACGAUACAAAAAUAUAAAAAAAAAAAUACAUAAAUACGCAUACAUUUAGUGUUAUUUAGCGUACUGCUUUAAGAGAUCUACGACUAGCAAUUGGAUCAUUAUUAGACAACUAAAACAAAACAACAAAAAACUUUCAGCUGCACUGCCUAGUUCAAUGUCAAUGUUCUCUAGAGAUUUCUAGCAUUAGUCGCAUUACAUACAUAGAACACGGCUUUCUUCAUAUUGUAGUAGCAGCAGCUCGACUUCCAUUAGGCAACAGCAACUCACACACACACACACACAAACUCAAUUAACAGUUGAAGCUAAACUUGCAACCCGCCACGACAAAUUUCCACAAGCAUCAUAUUUAAACUACAACAAAAACAAAUAAUGAA